CUCGGCCCGCCCUCCUGCUGUCUGUCCGGGGUUUGGAGGCGAGGCGAGGGGCCGCUUUCUGUGAGCCGUCGCUUCGGUAAAAUCGAGGGAGGAGAGCGGUCAACAUGACGAGCAACAUCAGGUACAAAAGCCGGAUCCCGGUGAAAACAGGAGAGGAAAACCCAGAGGAGAAACAGUAUGUGGGUUUUGCCACUCUGCCCAACCAGGUCCACAGGAAGUCUGUGAAGAAAGGCUUCGAUUUUACGCUGAUGGUGGCAGGAGAGUCUGGUAUGGGUAAAUCCACCCUGGUCAACAGCCUGUUCCUCACAGACCUCUACAAAGACAGGAAGUUACUGAAUGCUGAAGAGCGUAUCAACCAAACUGUGGAGAUCAUCAAACACACUGUAGACAUCGAGGAGAAAGGAGUCAAGCUCAAGCUGACCAUCGUCGACACGCCGGGGUUCGGAGACGCCGUCAACAACAACGAGUGCUGGAAACCAAUCACAGACUACAUAGAUCAGCAGUUUGAGCAAUACUUCAGGGAUGAGAGCGGGCUGAACAGAAAGAACAUCCAGGACAACAGAGUCCACUGCUGCCUCUACUUCAUCCCUCCGUUUGGGCACGGGCUGCGUCCGGUGGAUGUUGAGUUCAUGAAGGCUCUGCAUGAAAAAGUGAACAUAAUUCCACUUAUCGCAAAAGCCGACUGCCUCACGCCCAACGAGAUAAAAAAGCUCAAAGACAGAAUACGAGAGGAAAUAGACAAGUUUGGGAUCAAAGUGUACCAGUUUCCUGAAUGUGACUCCGAUGAGGAUGAAGAGUUUAAACAACUUGACAAAGAGUUGAAGGAGUGCACUCCGUUCGCUGUGAUCGGCAGUAACACAGUGGUGGAGGCUCGGGGGCAGAGAGUGAGAGGGAGACUGUACCCCUGGGGAAUUGUUGAAGUGGAGAACCAGUCGCACUGUGACUUUGUGAAAUUGAGGAACAUGCUGAUUCGGUCACACAUGCACGACCUCAAAGACGUGACCUGCGACGUCCACUACGAAAACUACAGAGCGCAGUGCAUACAGGAGAUGACCAGUAAACUGGCUCAGGACAACCGUAUGGAGAGUCCCAUCCCCAUCCUGCCGCUCUCCACCCCGGAUGUGGAGACUGAGAAACUAAUCAAAAUGAAAGAUGAAGAGCUGAAGAGGAUGCAGGAGAUGCUGAAUAAGAUGCAGCAGCAGAUGCACAACAAAGACCAGUGAUGUCUACCUGGGCUGCAGCGCCACCUGCUGUUUCUCCCCUGAACCACAUUGAGACCUUCAGACAUUGAACAUGGAAAUCACAUGUCAGUGGCAACUCUGGCUGUACAUUUAUCCUCAGUUUGGUGCUUUGUAUAGUUUGUCUGCCUGAACGGUUGUUUGUCAGAGCGUUUUUUUUUGUCUCUGAAACUCUCCGUUUGCCCACUUAGAGCACUUCGCUGUGGUUUAAUAGUCUUAACAUAUAUAAUAUAAAUGCGUAAUUUAAAUUACUACUCAGUGUAUCUAAUUUAUAAAUGCAAUGCUAAACUUUUUGAAUAUUUUGUCAGGGUAUGAUGUGUGCUAAAAGAUGUUUUGUAAAGAAAUUUAGGUUGUUGGUGAUGUUAACAUUUGAUGGAUAUUGUUUUGUGUGUGUGUGUGUGUGUGUGUGUGUGUGUGUGUGUGUGUGUGUGUGUGUGUGUGUGUUUGUAUUUCAUGAAAUUUCCUCCAGGUGUCCGUCCAUAAAACUCCCUUUUAACCACAGUGACUUUUUUUUUUAUCUAACUUUUGAUCUUGUUAAUUUGCUCUCUGAUCCUCAUAAAUACCUUUCAUGUGGCAUUUUUUUACAUAUGGCAAGUCAAAAUAUUCUCUCCCAGCAUUCCUUCAUGUGCUGGCUGAGCUGAAAAUGCAUUUAUUGCCAGUGGCUAACUGUGAAUGGGGAAUAAAGCCUUUGACGUAAGGGUCGGUGCAGGGUGCAGGGUGCAUGUGCAAGCAUGCUGCCAUUACUCAUAUCCGCUAAAUGCUGUGGGCCUAUUUUUACGGCUUUAUAGCCGAUGCCCUGUGCUUAGUAUCAAAAUGCACAUGACCUACAGUAUGCUUUUUUGGCACUACGGUAAAGACAAGACCAAUAAUGAGGAGCUAAUCCUGUGUAUGCUUCUGUUUGAAAUCUCUCAUUGGAAGUGAGUUGUUGCAUUCUGCUAGAGAAGAUGUGUAUCCUGUGUGCGAGUUGAGAUUGAUUGAGAGCGUGUGUGUGUGUGUGUGUGUGUGUAGGAUGAUGCUGAUGCUGAGGAACAGUACAUAUUUUGCCUGAAGGCUGUGAGCUCAGCCUGUGCCCCAUUUAUAGAAGUGUGUCAAAUAAACUCUUGUUUCUCGUCAA